AAUGUAAGAAGGAUUCAUGUUUAGUGCAUUAAAUGAUAAAGAAAUUGAAAUUGUAGUUGGAGCUAUGGAAGAGAAGAUUUUUCAUAAAGCAGAAUAUAUUAUUAAAUAAGGAGAAGAAGGAAAUGUUCUCUAUGUUGUAGAUUCAGGAGAAUUAGAUUGUUUUAAGAAUUAUGGAAAAGGUGAUAUUUUUCUUAAAACAUAUUAUCCUGGAGAAAGCUUUGGUGAAUUAGCAUUGUUAUUUUAAUCACCAAGAGUAUUAUUAUACUCCUAUUAAAUUUAUAGGCUGCAUCUAUUAAAGUUAAGAGUGAUAAAGCUAUUCUUUGGUAAUUAGAUAGAGAAACAUUUAAUUUAAUUGUCAAGGAAGCUUCUAUCAAAAAAAGAUAAUAAUUUGAAACGUAUUAUUCAUAUUUUUAAUCUAGAUUUCUUGAAAAUUGGGAUUUAUUAAAAGAAAUUAAAGAUCCUUAUGAUAAAUUAAAAAUGAGUGAUGCAUUAUUUGAUAAAUAAUUUAAAAAAGGUGAUAUCAUUCUAUAAUCAGGAUCAAAAAGCAAUGAAAUUUUUAUUAUAGAAUCAGGAAGAGUGUCUGUUUUGAAAAAUAAUUGUAAAAUUAUUAUAUUAUUUUAAGAAAAAAUAUUUGAAUUAUGUAAACUUGGAGAAUAUUUUGGUGAUUAAAGUAUUGUAACUAAUCAAAUUGAAACAUUCACUUAUGUAGCAGAAGAAGAUAUUAAAUUAAUGUAUAUUCCAAAAAAAAGUUACUCAUCAACUCUCAAAGAAAUUUAAAGUACUUUAAUGAAUAAUAUUCAAAUAAAAUAUGGGAAAUAUUUAUGA